UUGCGAGUAGUGGAAAGCGGCGGGAAGUUCAUACUGGGAAGGAGGAGACGUUUCUGCGGCUCGGGUGAAAAUGCCUCGUGUAAAAGCAGCUCAAGCUAGAAGACAGGGCCCUGCAAAGAGACGUCUUGCAGAACAGUUUGCAGCUGGGGAGGUAAUCACCGACUUGGCAAAAAAGGAAUGGAAACUAGGAUUACCCAUUGGCCAAGGUGGCUUUGGUUGUAUAUAUCUUGCUGAUAAGAAUUCUUCAAAAUCGGUGGGCAGUGAUGCAGCCUAUGUUGUAAAAGUGGAACCCAGUGAUAAUGGACCUCUUUUCACUGAGUUAAAGUUCUACCAGCGAGCUGCCAAACCAGAGCAAAUUCGGAAAUGGAUUCAUACCCAUAAACUGAAGUACCUGGGUGUUCCUAAGUAUUGGGGGUCUGGUCUACAUGAUAAAAAUGGAAAAAGUUACAGAUUUAUGAUCAUGGAUCGCUUUGGGAGCGACCUUCAGAAGAUAUACGAAGCAAAUGCCAAGAGGUUUUCUCGGAAAACGGUCUUGCAGCUAAGCUUAAGAAUUCUGGAUAUCCUGGAAUAUAUUCACGAGCAUGAGUAUGUGCACGGAGAUAUCAAGGCCUCAAAUCUUCUUCUUAGCUGCAAGGAUCCAGACCAGGUGUACCUGGUAGAUUACGGCCUUGCUUAUCGGUACUGCCCAGACGGAAGUCAUAAAGAAUACAAGGAAGACCCCAAAAGAUGUCAUGAUGGCACGAUUGAAUUCACCAGCAUCGACGCGCACAAGGGCGUGGCCCCGUCAAGACGUGGCGACCUGGAAAUACUCGGUUACUGCAUGGUCCAGUGGCUCAGCGGCCACCUGCCUUGGGAGGAUAAUUUGAAAGAUCCUAACUAUGUUAGAGAUUCCAAAAUUAGAUACAGAGAAAAUAUUGCAGGUUUGAUGGACAAAUGUUUUCCUGAGAAAAAUAAGCCAGAUGAAAUUGCUAAAUACCUGGAAACAGUGAAAUUGCUGGACUAUGAUGAGAAGCCCCUUUAUCAGAAUUUACAAGACAUUCUUUUGCAAGGUCUGAAGUCUAUAGGAAGCAAGGAUGAUGGCAAACUGGAACUUGGGGCUUUGGAGAACGGAGCUCUGAAAGCAAGAACGACAACCAAGAAGCGAAAGAAGGAACCGGAGAAACGCCCAGAGGCAGGUGCUGAAGGCAUGGAGUGCUCGGACGCGCACACGGAGGAAGCCAUGCAGACGCGUUCAAAAAGGAGAAAGAGAGUCCAGAAGUAAACCACACGCUGUGAGCCAGUUUUUCUUUCCGUCCUGUCAUUCGGCUUUUUCUUCAUUUUCUAUUUUGCGUGUUUUCAUAUGGGUCUUGUGGGUGGGGGUAACAGGGAAAUACCUAUGUCUUUGAAAAACAAUUUUUUUUUGAAAUAAAUGCUUUGUACAAUUUAUUAAAGGCUAACUUAUAAAGUU